AGUCGAUUAGUUGAAGUUCGUCGAAGACAAGAGAGAAAAAAGCCCUCGUUUCAAUAUGGCUGGACAAAAUCUGAUCGGUUCGAUUCCGGAGUUCUACGGUUCGGUCGACGACUGGAACGUGUACCAGGAACGGUUGGAACAGUUCUUUGAAGUGAAUGAUAUCGCCGACGCGAAACGGGUCGCCCUGCUGAUCAGUGUCAUUGGGGGUGAAUCGUACAAAACCCUUCGGGACCUGUGCCAUCCGGUGCUGCCCAAGAACAAGACCUUCGAUGAACUGUGCACCCUGCUGCGGAAGCAGUACACCCCACAGGUGGCCAUUUUCCGGGAACGAACGAACUUCUACAACGCGCGCCAAGAGCCCCAUGAAAACGUGACUCAGUGGUACGGGCGGUUGAAGAAGCUCUCGGUGGACUGCAAGUUCGGUGAGAAUCUGGAAGCGAUUCUGCUGGAUAAGUUUGUGACCGGGUUGAGGAGUGGCCAGAUUAUGGACCGGCUGUGUGAGGAAAAUGAAACGCUCAAGCUGGAGACGGCGCUGGAGCUGGCCGUGAACAAGGAGUGCGCUAUCAAUGCAUCGAGCUAGAAUGUGAUAAGGGGGGCUUUGGCGCGCGGGGAUUUAAUGAGAGAUUGAA